AUAGUUCAGUGCAGGAGCCGCAGCAGCAGCCAUCAAGUCAACAAAUCCACCAAAUCCAAGUCCAAACCAAAAUGUUCGCUCUCGUAUCGCUUUUCAUCCUGGGUGUUGGUGCCGCCGCCGCCAUCGAGCUGCCCAUCUACCACUCACCCGCGGCCAUUGUGAAGCCACUGCUGAAGACCGUAGAGGUGGAGGCACCUGCCCACUACGAUUUCGCCUACUCGGUGCACGACGAGCACACCGGCGACAUCAAGAGCCAGACGGAGUCGCGGAAGGGCGAUCAGGUCCAGGGUCAGUACACGCUGGUCGAUGCCGAUGGCUAUCUGCGCACCGUGGACUACACUUCGGAUGCCCACAACGGCUUCAAUGCGGUGGUGCGUCGCGAUCCCCUGGGCCAGAAGGUGAUCAAGGCUGCGCCCAUUGCCAAGCUCCUGGCUCCCGCACCACUGCCACUGGCCUAUGCGGCACCCAAGCUCCUCGCGCCCGCUAAACUGCCCCUCGGCCUUUACCAUUAGGUUCUGGGUAGGAUUGAUCGAGAGAGAUAGCAAACACUGACUUCAUCGCAUCGACGACGACCCAUCCGCAUCCGCAUCCGCAUCUGUAUCUGUAUCUGAACUAUUACUAUUACUACCCAAACACCUCGUAUCAUAUCCAGCUUGCUCUGAUCUUUCUUCCUAUCUUCUGAUCCUAUUCUCUGAUAUCUCUACUAAGACUACUUCGGCUCCAGGUCAUCAAAAUCGCCAUAAACCGAUGACUGGGGGUCUCUAUCUCAUCUAUGUAAUACUAUGUAUGUGUAAAUAGAAGGCAAUAAAUGCAUGUUUAGAAAACAC